CUGCACUCCUGCAUUGACUGAAAACCUCAUUGUUUCCUCACAGGUUGGACGGAUCCUCUCUCCCGACGGGGUAACGGAAUUAGUAGCUCAACGGGUCUUUGUCGGGUUUAAUUUCUCGUGUCGAGAUAUUUAUUCAAACACUCGUUUCAAGGAUUUGCUGGUGGACAUGGGCUGCGCUGGAUUCACCUGCUCCAAGCACUCCCUGUGCGCGCUCAACAUCCUCUAUGUUAUGGUCAGUCUCCUGAUGAUUGGCAUCGCAGCAUGGGGAAAGUGGUUUGGUCUGGUCUCCAGUUUCCAGGUGGUGGGAGGCAUCAUCGGUGUGGGUGUCUUUCUUUUCUUUGUGGCUCUGACUGGCCUCAUUGGGGCGAUGAAGCAUCACCAGGUCCUGCUCUUCUUUUACAUGAUCAUCCUGUUCGUGGUGUUCAUUGUGCAGUUCUCUGUUUCCAGCGCUUGUCUGGCUAUUAAUAGAGAGCAGCAGGAUCACCUGUUGGAGGUGGGCUGGAACAACUCUAAGAGCACCCAGAGAGACGUGGAGAAGAGCCUCAACUGCUGUGGCUUCAAACACGUGGACCCCAACAGCACUUGUGAUGCUGCCUGUUUCUCCAACAACUUCUGUUCACCCUGUGCAGAUCAGAUCCAGGAACACGCUGGAGAUAUUCUCCGCUUCGUUGGAGGAAUUGGUCUCUUUUUCAGCUUCACUGAGAUUCUGGGAGUGUGGCUCACAUAUCGCUACAGGAACCAGAAGGACCCCCGAGCCAAUCCCAGUGCUUUCCUGUGAGACGGUCACAGCUCCGGCCCCUCAACCACCAUUGACCCCUCACGACCUCUGUGGACCUUCUCUGGGCUUUAACUGUAAAUACAACACUGACAUGUGCAUUUCCACUGACCGCUGCAGUGAUGCUGUUAUAACCUGCUGUGUUUGGUUUUCACGAGUGAAGUGACAUGUGAGGACAUUUCUGCUGAAGUGAACAUGUAAACGUAUUUAGUACAAUGGGCACUUGUGGUAUGAGAAGAAUGAAUAUUGUCUGCUGUGUAAUCCUGAAGCAUUUAUGCAGCCUGCCUGAGUGUUAAUUCUGAACACUUAUGCCAAUGACUUGUCUGCACACUGAUAUUAAAGAUUUCAUGUGUGAAAGUGUGAAUGUUUGUAACAUGCAGAUGUUUUGCAUAUUUGAAAGUGUGUGUGUGUGUGUGUACGUGUGCGUGUGUACACAUGCAUGUGUCUUUCACUGGUCUGAGUUUUUCUCUGUAUGCUGUGGAUUUGCCCUUUUACAUGACUCUGUCCAUGAAAUAUGAGCUACUGUAUGAAAAACUGAAACAAUGAUUCUGUAAACUGCCCCACUGAGCCUUUGUACUGUUAUCCACAAUAUGAUACUAAUGGAGUAAAAGAAUUCAGUGUCUUCAUCAUAUGUCUUCUGUAUCUUGGAAGGGAACUAAAUAAAGGA